UUCCGUGGGCGGGAGCAUUUAUUUCACUCCGAUAAUCCAGUUUCAUGAAUUUGAAAGGUCACCAUUGUCUCAUCCCAGAACACCACAUCCCCUUGUUCUCAUGCGCUGAAAUUGAAAAUGAAGGGAGAUAAUAGUGACUCGUUGCUGUUGAAGUUGGAAGCUCCAACGAGAGACGCCAUCUCCAGAGUCCGAUUCGCUCCCCACUCCAACAACCUCCUCAUCUCUUCUUGGGACUCCAGUCUUCGGUUGUACGAUGUGGACGCUUCAUUGCUCAGACUUGAAGCUCCUUCCGAAGUUCCCCUCCUCGAUUGUUACUUCCAUGACGAAGCCGUUGCUUUCUCCGCCGCCUCCGAUGGCUUAAUUCGAAGGUAUGAUCUGGAUUCAGGAAUUAUUGAUACAAUGGGUGGUCAUGAUGAUAUAGCAACGUGCAUUGGAUAUUCCAGUGAAACAUCCUUCAUUAUUGUAGGUCAGUUGAUCACAGGUGGUUUUGAUAAAAAGUUACUGCUGUGGGACAUCCGUAUGGAGAAGGCUGUUUCGUGCUUGAGACGUGUAGCUGCAGAAAUUGACUCCAUGUCUGUCUUGGGGUUUAGUCUUACCGUAGGCAUUGAAGCAUCAGUGCAAGUUUUCGAUUUACGUAAAUUUGACGCGGCAGUUCAUUCAAAGGAACCAUUCAGUGGUACACAUUUAAGAUGUGUCAGUUCAAUUCCUUAUGCAGAAGGAUUUGCAGCUGGAUCAGUAGAUGGACGUGUAGCAUUGCAGAUUUCAGAUUCAUCUGGUUCAAAUGAAAAUGGAUAUAUUUUUCGGUGUCAUCCAAAAUCAAAGCAAGGAAAGCAUCAUUUAACACCAGUGAAUGACAUUGCAUUCAGUCCCAUGAUCACAGGUGCUUUUGUCACAGGUGAUAAUGAGGGUUAUGUUACCAUAUGGGAUGCUAAAAAUAGAAAAAGACUAAUUGAGUUGCUUAAAUAUCCAAAUAGUGUUGCGUCCUUGUCAUACAAUCACGACGGACAACUUAUGGCUGUAGCAUCAAGCCAUACAUACAAAGAAGCUAAGAAAACGUGAGUAGUUCUCCUUUUAUUCAUCACAUAG